AAUAAAAAUAGCGCCAGCUUUAGACGAACAAAGUUAUCUCUAUGGUCCGAGUCGAAUUUCUGUGAUGAUAUUCCAGAUUUGAGAAGAUCUUCAUCCAGUAUUUCUUUGGUCAUACUGGUCCCUGUGCUGUGUGUGUAUAAUGGAUAACUCAAAUCCAGCUGUUAUCACCGUUAAACAAGAACCAGACGAACUUCAAAACCAGGAUGAAGAAGAUCAAGGGUGUCUGGUAGCUGUGGAGCAACCUGAAGCAAACCAACCACAAGAUAAGUCAAGGAAAGUCACUGUAGAGAGAGCCGGGAAUGCUUGUGGUGCCUUACCGGAUGAUCAGAACCCACUGGACUCCUGCGCAGGAGGCCAUCCUGCAACAGGUCCAAAUUGCAGUAGCAGGAUUCCUUCGGGGUGUAUACCUAGUGAGCCACCUGGCAUGGAAGCCACUGAUACAAGAAGUGCAAGAUUCCAAGAAUCAGAUGUUGGCUCUCAGCAGCAGGAUUGUCCAUUGACACAACAGGGCAUGCUUUCAACUAACUGUGAUAAAAGUAUCGACCAGAUUCCAUCGACAGUUAAGAAUGAAGGUUCUUGUCGUGUUAUCCCAGGACAGCAGCACCAUAAUGGGAGCGGGACAGGUGUCUCUAGUGUUUAUUCGGGAGUUCUUUCGAGGCGAGAUGGUCGUGAAAUGAGCUCCCUGGAAAGAAGAUAUUUUUAUGGUUCAGAGGAUUGUACCGUCGAUCAGGAGAUGAUAGGUAGUUUAAAUGCAAGCCGACAUAAACUUGAUGUAAACUCAAGUAAUCUAGGGUAUGAAAUGGUGCCAGCUAGUCAAACAGUGAGAUUAGAGAGUAAAACUGCUGCAAGUGGGACCAUGAUUCAUGAAUCGGGAGUUGCUAUUCGCUGUCAGGAAGACCUGCCACCGCAAGGAAACAAGGAGACUGAUGCCUUUGAAGGAACAUCUGCAGCAGCAUCAAUUGAUGAAGAAGCGCAAGUUGUCCAGGAGCAAGAGGGAAAGGUUGAUGACAAACCUUCGCAAUGCAAGAUAUGCCAUAAAUUUUUCUUACAUGUCAAAGUCCACAUGAGGGUCCAUACUUCAGACCGUCCAUUCAAAUGCAGUUUCUGCGACAAGGGCUUUAUCGAAAAGCGCCACCUGGACAAUCACAUGCGCAGCCACACGGGUGAGAAGCCGUUCAAAUGCCCCGUCUGCGCAAAAGCGUUCAGCCGCGAGACGCACCUGACCUAUCACCUGCGGACCCAUACUGGGAUCAAGCCGUUUUCCUGCGAGACCUGCGGAAGGAGCUUCGGCCGUAAGGGCGACCUGACAGUUCACAUGCGGAUCCAUACAGGCGAACGCCCUUUCCCGUGCAAGCUGUGCGAUAAGACCUUCGGGACACAGAGCAACCUCACCCUUCACAUGCGCAGCCAUACAGGGGAGCGACCUUACGAGUGCACCGCUUGCCCCAAGACCUUCAAAUCCAAAAGCGAUCUCAUCAAGCACGUCCGCGUGCAUACGGGGGAGAAACCAUUCAAGUGCAAGGUGUGUGACAGGUAUUUCCGCGCGACCUCUGACCUCAAGCGGCAUAUGCGUGGCCACACCAACGAGAAACCAUACAAAUGUGACGUGUGUCUUAAGGAAUUCAGCUCGGAUUGCUAUCUCCCUAAACAUGCCUGUACUGGUGCUCCAAAGAUUAAGAAUGUCACUACUGAUCAAACUGAACCAAAAAGUUGAACAUAUACAGUAUCAACUUUGCUUUAUUUACUACUAGUAAUAGAUUCCCAUAUUUUGUGUAUCACCAUGUAGUCUCCAUCAGGCGAGUGUUUCAUAAAGCUGUUUAUAAAUUUUGAUUGACUUUAUGCAUGACUCGUGACCCUUAUUCUAAAGGGUCCCCUAUGUAGCUUACUUAGCAUCCAAGUCUUCUAAAGAACACGCGCUCUAGGUGUGCCAGAAGUCGUGUGUAACUUUAUGCAGCUGCUUUAUGAAACCCACUUAUUCACCUGAUCUGGUUCAAGAUGUACAUCUAUAUGUUGUUUACACAAAACUUGAUGAUGCAUCAGAGAAUUAAUUUGUAAAAUUGAAUGCACUGGUCAUUCUGUGCAGUCAGUUAUAUGAAUCCACUCUGUAAUAUCCAAAAUAAUUGUAUAACUGGACUUGGAUAUCAACAGUUUAGUGAUAUUCGGCCAAGUGGAUGGUGGAUAAUAUGGGCAAUGCUUUACUUUGAAUUUGCAUUAAACAAAGUACAUGUAGUAAAUGGGCUUAAAUGAUAUUGCAUUCAUAGCAAAUGGGUUUAGUAGAGUAGUUAGUGACAAAAUGAUUAUGGACAGCACAUGGUAAUGAUUCUGAAAGCACCAACUGACUUAGCCCAAAGUUGUAUACACUGCUGAGAUGAAAAAGAAAGGUUCAAAUUGUAAAAACUGAACAGAAAUACAGGUGGACAUUAAGCAUAUUCAAUGUGAUAUUACUAAAUGUAAGCUGCAGUCUAUUCUAUAUUUGGUUGAACUAUGUGCUGUUUUUGUAUGAGAAAAUGAAGUUUAUUGAUUUCUUGCCCUGAAACUCAAAUAACUCAAGUCAUUUAUCAGUAAUUUACAGUGCAAUAUUUUUAUUUGAGCACAGAAAUAUAUUGUCUAUUAUUUUUUUGUUCAUUGUCUGUAUGGUACAUGUAUGCCAAGUUGCCAACAGUCUUUUGUUUCUAUUUAUUCAAGAUUAAAAAAUUUCCAAAUAUUGAGAAUUAUGGUGUGUUGCAAGAAACUUUGACAGUCAAUUACAAAUCAAGCAACCAAUUACUACUGUUGAUUAAUCACUUGCCUAUGAGCAUUUCCAUCGAUGUAAAUUGGAUUCCCAAAGAAACUUUACAAGCGCACUACACAAAUUCCAAUCAGUCAAAAUGAACAAAAUUUUGACACAGGCUAGCUUCAAUAAUCUUUAUUAAGAGAUUGGUUUAAUCACAAAGAGGCUGUUGCUCCUCAAAUCAAUUGGUUCCGGAAUCCAAAGUCACGAAAUGGCAAAAGAAAGACCAAUGAGAUGGGAUGAGGAGGCCUCCCCCCCCCCUGAGAUCUUGCCCGUUGGCCGCGCGAUCACACCGAAAAUUGGCAGACAAGUUGUGUUGGACAUAAUCUACAAAAUUGUGUAGUAAUCUAUUUCAUGCAAGUUGCUAUUAAGUGAUUAACUAGCACAUCAAUGAUGUGGAGCUCAUCCGGCUUCUCGCAACAAAAUUUAAUGCAAUUUUGAUUUCAGCCCAGUUGACACUAGUGAAUUAUAUUGGUGACAUAAAUUGAGGAUAUAGAAUUGAAAUUGAUGAAGAAAUGACAUAGAAGCAUUUUUUGUGAUCUAUGAAUAAAUUUCCUAUAAAUUAAGCAUAAAUAAUUUUCUAGUCAAAAUUUCUUUAAUUCUGUGUAGAACCUUAGUGAACCUCAUGUAGCUCUCAGAUGGAACAAAAAUAAUCAAAAUCAAUCAACAAAUACAUAAGUAAUUUGUGUGAAUUUUGAAAAUAUAUGAAUAAAUUAUCUGUGUCCUUUUUUUUGUAUCACCACCUCGAGCUAUCAUAUAAAGCAAACAAAAUUGAAAUUGAUCAACAAAUGAAGAAGAAAAAACAUUUUUUGUGAUUUAUGAAUGAAUUUUGCAUAAAUUAGCAUAAAUAAUUUUCUAGACAAAAUUUCAAAAUUUUGUGUACAAGUUUGGUAAACCUCACGCAGCUCUACCAGAUGAAAGAAAAAAAAUCAAAAUCUGUCAAACAAAGAAGAAGAGGCAUUUUCUGUGAUUUAUGAUUAAAUUUUGCAUAAAUUAGCAUAAAUAAUUUGCUACUGAAAAUUUCAAAAUUAAAUUCUGUGUAAAAGUUUGGUGAACCUCAUGAAGUUCUACCAGAUGGAAGAAAAAAUCAAAAUCGGUCAACAAAUAAAGAAGCAUUUUAUGUGAAUUUUUAAAAAUAUGCAUAAAUUAAUUUCACAUAAAUUAGCAUAAAAAUUGUUCUGGUCAAAAUUCUGUGUACAAAUUUGGUGAACCUCAUGAAGUUCUACCAGAUGGAAGAAAAAAAAUCAAAAUCGGUCAACAAAUAAAGAAGAAGCAUUUUUUGUGAAUUUUGAAAAAUGCGCAUAUUUAAUGAAUUUCAAAAUUCUGUGAAGAAGUUUUGAAUCCCCCCACCUAGUGCUAUCAUAUAAAGCAAACAAUUGAAAUCGGACUUGAAAUGGCGAAGAAGAAGCAUUUUGAAAUUGUGGACGGACGCCACGGCAUAAGCUCAUUUGGCCCUUCGGGCCGGAUGAGCUAAAAAUGCUAAUUUAUGCGUAAUUAGUGUGCGAAAUCAUACUUUUUCUUCUAAUUCCAUAAAUAAAGCUCCAGAUGUUCUAAUUUUUGGUAAAGAAACUCUUUGUGUACAUGAAAAUAUUGCAAUAUCAGAUCAGGGGCGGAUCCAGGAUUUUCCAAGAGGGGGCAAAUUUUUGGAGGAAAAUUUUGACAAGCCAAAAAAAACCAAAAAAGGUUUUCAACCACAAAUAAAGGAUAUUUUCAUACCUGAAAAAAUUUGACAAGCAAAAAAAAAAAAAGUCCUCGAUUUCAACAGAAGAGGCACACCUCUGUUUUAAUGGCAUGGCAUCUUUACAUUACAAAUUUUAAUUUUGCUUCUCAAAGGGGGGGGGGGCACGUGCCUGUAUCAGAUGAAUUUCUUACAGUAUGUAUUAUAUUGUUUUUUUGCAAUUUCUUAUGUAUUUCAUUGUUCUUGGACCUUUUGUUUUUCAUUGUUUUUUCAAUGAAAUUAGUGGACUCUUCUGAGAUCAUAAACAGUUUAAAAUAAAUACAUUUUGACCAGGAAAACUAAAAAUAAUCAUGCAUUUAUGAUUUUUGGUUGAAAACACGAUUUGCAUUGACUUUAUACACAAAAUCAUGUUUUUGAGCAAUUUUUGCUCUGACAUGCACUUACGUAAUGUUGCGUAA